GGCCGGGCUGGAAAAUACUUGUUUCAAGGAAAAAAAUAAGUUGGCGACAUCCACGACUGCACGCCGACGGCGGGCGCGCCACCGCCGCUCGUCGGCGCGGCGCCCGUUCCCACCCGCGAACUCGUUCCGCACCACCGCAGCGCGUGCUUCUUCGGAUUCCCGGCCGUCGGCCUGGAGUUGCAGUUCUCGUCCCGCUUCCCGGCGUCGUCAGCCGACGGGCGCUUCCACGAUGGCGGGAUGCUCCUCCGGCCCCAGCCUCUGGCGAAAGGCGCGUCGGGGAGGGAGGCAGACGAGCGCGGGAGAGGGUAGGCUGCAAGGCAUCUUGCGAGGCAUUGGCCGGCGAAUGCGAUUUGCAAUGAGAUUGUGUCAGCGGCCUCCGUUCCUUCUUUGAGGGCACCUGCUGCAAAUACAACUACCAGCGCAGGUAGUGUGCUUAGAAACCUACUACAGAUGUACCGGUCGACCUCUGCUGGGCAGAGGAUACGGGGCGUGCACUCUGGCGCCGCUUCUCUUCGUAGCAACAUUUCUAGGAGUUAUCCAGAAAGAGUUAUACAAAACUUCAGAACGCAGCCCAUGUUACAUUCCAACACACCUGCUGCAAAUACAACUACUGGUGCAGGCAGUGUGCUUAGAAAUCUACAACAGAGGUACCGAUCAAGUUUUGUUGGUCAGAGGAUACGGGGCAUGCACUCCGACACCGCUUCUCUUCCUAAAGAGUUUUAUAGGGGUGAUACAGAAGGAGUCAUGCAGAACAUCAAAAGCCUAAGUCAAGCAGGAAUUUCAAAUGCAGCAAGGGAGGAAGGACGUGUGCUUGGUACAGCUAGUGCACCCUAUUGCAUGGUAGAGAAAGGCCUGCUUAAAAAGCAGCUUCUGCGUACCUCUGGAGGCAUUGUAGUUGCUGGCUUUGCAGUCUAUGCGAUUGGUAAACUGGAGGAAGCGGAGGUUGGCAAGUUUGAAGGUUUGAAAGAAGUGCCUAGGGAUUCGAGCACGAAACUCAGUGACGUAAAGGGGGUCGAUGAAGCCAAAGCUGAGCUCGAGGACAUAGUUCACUACCUACGAGAUCCAAAUCGUUUCAACCGCCUUGGUGGCAAGCUUCCAAAGGGUAUUUUGCUUGUGGGCCCACCUGGCACAGGGAAGACCAUGUUGGCAAGGGCCGUGGCUGGGGAAGCCGGCGUCCCUUUCUUCGCGUGCAGUGGCAGUGCUUUCGAGGAGACUUAUGUGGGUGUUGGCGCUAAGAGGGUGAGGGAGCUCUUCGCUGCAGCAAGGAAGCGAGCUCCUUGCAUAAUAUUCAUCGAUGAACUUGAUGCCGUUGGUGGGCGCAGAACUGCAGAAGAGCCAUCGUGGUCAAAGCAGACUCUGAACCAGCUGCUUGUUGAGAUGGAUGGCUUCAAGCAGAAUGAAGGGAUCAUCGUGGUCGCAGCAACCAACCUCGUUGAGUCGCUAGAUGACGCCCUUGUCAGGCCUGGGCGUUUCGACCGUCAAGUUCAUGUUCCGCUUCCAGAUGUUGUGGGUCGGCGGCAGAUCCUCGAGGCACACUUGUCAAAGGUGUUGAAAGCCAAGGGUUUGGAUUUGAUGACUAUCGCGAGGGGGACGCCUGGGUUCUCAGGUGCAGACCUCGCAAACCUAGUGAACGACGCGGCACUCAAGGCUUCCAGGGAGGGGGCGAAUGCUGUUGGGAUGGAUCACCUCGAGUACGCCAAGGACAGGAUCAUCAUGGGCAGCGAGCGCAAGUCAGUGGUGAUGUCUGAUCGUUCCAGGAAGAUGACGGCGUACCACGAGGGCGGGCAUGCCCUUGUUGCUAUCCUCACAGACGGCGCCAACCCCGUCCACAAGGCCACCAUUGUUCCCAGGGGAAACGCUCUUGGCAUGGUGACACAGUUUCCGGGGGAAGAUGGCGAGCUCGAACAGUCGAGGAAGCAGAUGCUGGCGGCGCUGGAUGUUCUCAUGGGUGGGCGGGUGGCCGAGGAGCUCAUGUUCGGAGAGGCAGGGGUCACCACCGGCCCCUCGUCUGAUCUCAGCCAGGCGACUCAGCUGGCGACGGACAUGGUCACCAAGUAUGGCAUGAGCAAGCGGGUCGGCCUUGUUUCCUAUGACGACGGUGGCCGCGCGGCGGCCAUGAGCGGGUCAAUGGCGGCCCUGGUCGAUGAGGAGGUCAAGGCAUUAUUGGACAAGGCUUACAGUAACGCGAGAACGAUUCUCACGGCCCACAGCAGGGAGCUCCAUGCGCUGGCCAACGCCCUCCUGAAGCACGAAACUCUCUCCGGUGACCAGAUCAGGAAGAUAGUAUCAGCAGGAAUUAAUUCUUUACUGAAUCCUGCGUGUGUGUGCAUGUGUGUAUUGCAGGCUGCAAGGCAUCUUGCAAGGUAUCGACCGGCAAAUGUAGUCUGCAAGGAGGUAGUUCCUUCUUUCAGGGCACCUGCUGCAAAUGCACCGUCCGGAGCAGGUACUCUGCUUAGAAAUCUACAGCAGAGGUACCGUUCAAGCUUUGCUGGUCAAAGGGCACGGGGCAUGCACUCUGGCGCCGCAUCUCUUUUUAAACAGAUUCAUAGCAGCGAUACAGAAAGAGCUAUGCAGAACUUCCGAAAGCUAAAUCGAGGAAUUUCAAGUGCGGCAAGGGUGGAAGGACGUGUUCUUGGAACAGCCAGUGCACCCUAUUACGUAAUAGAGAAAAGCCUACUUAAAAAACAGCUUCUGCGAACCGCCGGAGGCCUUGUAGUUACUGGCGUCGUAAUGUGGGCCUUUGAAAUGUUGGAGGACAUUGAUGUUCGUAAGUUUGAAGGUUUGAAAGAAGUGCCUAAGGAGUUGAACACCAAGUUAAGUGAUGUAAAGGGGGUCGAUGAGGCCAAAGCUGAGCUUGAGAACAUAGUUCACUACCUACGAAAUCCCAGCAGAUUCAACCGCCUUGGUGGCAAGCUUCCAAAGGGCAUUCUGCUUGUGGGCCCACCUGGCACAGGGAAGACCAUGUUGGCAAGGGCGGUGGCUGGGGAAGCCGGCGUCCCUUUCUUCGCGUGCAGUGGCAGUGCUUUCGAGGAGUCUUAUGUUGGUGUUGGUGCUAAGAGAGUGAGGGAGCUCUUCCGUGCAGCAAAGAAGCGAGCUCCUUGCAUAAUAUUCAUCGAUGAACUUGAUGCCGUUGGUGGGCGCAGAAACGCAGAAGAACCAUCGUGGGCAAAGCAGACUCUGAACCAGCUGCUUGUUGAGAUGGAUGGCUUCAAGCAGAAUGAAGGGAUCAUUGUGGUCGCAGCAACCAACUUCGCUGAGUCGCUAGAUGACGCCCUUGUCAGGCCUGGGCGUUUCGACCGUCAAGUUCAUGUUCCGCUUCCAGAUGUUGUGGGCCGAAAGCAGAUCCUCGAGGCUCACAUGUCAAAGGUGCAGAAAGGCAUUGGUGUGAAUGCGCUGACCAUCGCGAGGGGGACGCCUGGGUUCUCGGGUGCAGACCUUGCAAAUCUAGUGAAUGAAGCCGCUCUCAAGGCUUCCAGGGAUGGGGCAUAUGCUGUUAGGAUGGAUGACCUUGAGUACGCCAAGGACAAGAUCAUCAUGGGCACUGAGCGCAAGUCGGCGGCGAUAUCUGAUCAUUCCAAGAAGAUGACCGCGUACCAUGAGGGUGGGCACGCCCUCGUUGCUAUCCUCACGGACGGUGCUGACCCUGUGUACAAGGCAUCCAUUUUGCCCAGGGGAAAUGCUCUCGGCUUGGUGACGCAGAUUCCAGGGGAAGACAGCGAGCUCGAAGUAUCGAGGAAGCGAAUGCUGGCACGGCUGGAUGUCCUCAUGGGAGGGCGGGUGGCCGAGGAGCUUAUAUAUGGAGAAGCCGGGAUCACGACUGGUGCCUCAUCUGACCUAAACCAGGCGACCCAAUUGGCGAAAGACAUGGUCACCAAGUAUGGCAUGAGCAAGCGGGUCGGCCUCGUGACCUACAGCAACAACAACGCCGUUAGCGGCGGUGGCAAGACGAUGACCAUGAGCGGGCCGACGACGGCCCUGGUUGAUGAGGAGGUGAAGGCAUUGUUGGACAACGCUUACAACAACGCGAAAACGAUUCUCACGAAGCACCGCAAGGAGCACCAAGCGGUAGCGAACGCCCUCCUGGAGCAUGGGACUCUCACUGGUGACCAGAUCAAGAAACUGGUAUUGAAGCGAGGUUUUAUGUCUUGACAAUUGUCAUCAGGAUCGGGGAACACCUUCUUCGCCCUGGCAGUGGAGAUGCAUACAUGAAGAAGUGUUGAUUUUUUUCCUGAUACUUCUGUUGCGUGUACACGAAAUGUAAAGAGCGAUGCGCAGGGUCUGGAUUUCCACUGACUUGUGUUUCUCAGGUGUGAAGAGAAACUUGUGCAUAUUGUGUUCUGAAUCAGUGAAACUUGUGCUUUCGA